CGCCGCCCGCCGGGCGCGUUCCACGCUCCACUUGUUUUCGGUCCGGGUCCCCUUGGUCGCUCUCCCUCUCUCUCCUCUGUCCCGCCCCGUCCAGCCUAGGCUGCCCGGCUCCCGCAGGCCCCCCCAUCGCCCGCGUUCCUAUGGACAGACGCACAGACACCUGCAGGAAAGACGCUGCUAAUCCUGUAACAUGGAGGAUUGCCUUCAUACCUCAUCUGAGAAUCUGUCCAAAUUGGUCAGCUGGGCCCACAGCCAUGGGACCAUUUGCAGCCUCAUUCCAAACCUGAAACACUUGCUUUCUGAAGGUUCCCAUGGGAACCUGACAGCAAUGUGGGGCUGUAGUGCAGGCCACGCUUAUCAUUGGCCACUGACAGCUACUUGCAGAGCUGGGUCCCAGGAGAGGGUCUGUUUCCAGGAUAACAGAAGUUUUAACUCUGAUAGUCCCAGUAUAAUCGGAGUGCCCUCUGAGACACAGACCAGCCCUGUUGAAAGGUACCCUGGGAGACCCGUGAAAGCAAAGCUAGACUGUAACCGGACCAGAGACUCUUGUGACUUCUCUUACUGCAGUGAGCCCUCUGAACUGGAUGAAGCCGUUGAGGAAUAUGAGGAUGAAAACACCCUGUUUGACAUGGUUUGUGAGUCUUCUGUUACAGAUGAAGAUAGUGACUUUGAACCCCAAACUCAGAGGCCUCAAAGUAUUGCUCGAAAAAGACCUGGUGUAAUCCCAUCUUCUUUCCAUUCAAGCUCUCAGACUCAAAUGAUUGAUGAAUGCAGCAAUGAUGUCAUCAUCAAGAAAAUCAAACAAGAGAUUCCUGAAGAUUAUUACAUUGUGGCAAAUGCAGAGCUGACGGGAGGGGUGGAUGGCCCAGCCCUAUCAUUGACGCAGAUGGCAAAACCCAAAUCUCAGACUCACGCUGGUCCCUCCUGUGUAGGGCCUGCUAAGCUGAUUCCCCACGUAACGUCUGCCAUCAGCACGGAGAUAGACCCACAUGGCGUGUCUGCUUCCCCCUCUGUGAUCUCCAGACCAAUUGUCCAGAAGACUGCCAGGGUAUCUCUGGCUUCACCAAACAGAGGAACUCCUGGUGCCCAUGGCACCAACCAGCAGGUGGCAAUGCAGAUGCCUGUGAGCACAUCCCAUCCUAACAAACAGAUCAGUAUCCCUUUGUCUGCCCUGCAGCUGCCUGGGCAGGAUGAGCAAGUUGCUUCUGAAGAGUUCCUGCCCCAUCUGCCCAGCCAGGUUUCCUCCUGUGAGGUAGCCCUUUCUCCCUCUGUUAACGCAGAGCCAGAAGUGAGCUCCAGCCAGCAGCAGCCCCCAGCCGCUGCCACCAUCACCACUGAGGCCACAGCACAGUGCAUACCAGACCAGGAUGAAAGAGCAGCUGAGCUCAGCAGAGAGCAGAAUGAGAAAACCAUCCGGAGCACGCAGACCGCGCUCCGCAAUUUCCCCUAUUCUACUAAGCUCAACAAAUUUCCUGUAUUUAAUAUUAACGAUGACUUGAAUGAUCUGUGUACCAGUGCAGUGAGCCCAAAUACUACCAAAGCCACGCGGUACGCCCUGAAUGUGUGGCGAUAUUGGUGCAUGACCAACGGUCUCAAAGAUCACACGGACAUCACCAAGAUCCCUGCAGCAAAGUUGAAUGAGCUGCUCGAGAACUUUUAUGUCACCGUUAAGAAGAGUGACGGUUCAGACUUCCUGGCCACCUCGCUCCAUGCCAUUCGCCGAGGCCUGGACCGCAUCUUGAAGAAUGCAGGUGUGGGCUUUUCCAUCACCAGCAGCACCUUCAGUUCUUCCACCAAGAAACUCAAGGAGAAGCUGUGGGUUCUAAGUAAGGCAGGGAUGUCAGGUGCCCGUUCUCGCAACAUCGUCUACUUCUCCCUUUCAGAUGAGGAGGAGAUGUGGCAGGCAGGCUGUCUGGGGGAUGACAGCCCCAUCACGCUCUUGUCCACUGUGGUCAAAUACAAUAGCCAAUACCUGAACAUGCGGACGCUGCAGGAGCAUGCAGACCUGAUGUAUGGCGACAUUGAGCUGCUCAAAGACUCCCAAAACGAGCCCUACUUUGCCCGGACAGACAGCGUAAAGCGGGAGAGUCGGAGCAGUUCCACAAGAGUGUGUCAUGGGAAGAUCUACCAUGAGCAUUCCAGGGGACACAAACAGUGCCCUUACUGCCUCCUCUACAAGUACAUGUAUAUACACCGGCCACCCACCCAAAUGGAGGCCAAGUCCCCCUUCUACCUUACCGCCAGGAAGGAGGCCACAGACACGGGCAGUGUGUGGUAUGAGGAGCAGAGAAUGGGUCUGCGGUCUUUGCGGGGAAUUGUCCCAAAUUUAGCCAAGAAGGUCAAGCUGGAAAACUGUGAGAACUUCACCUUUGUCUCAUUUACUCAGGUCUCCAGGAGGCUUGGAUCCCACAGCUGCAGCCAGUGA